GUAGGUCAGCACUAUUUUGAAAAAUGUCUGUCGUUGCAGGUUGUCGCUUGCGUUGGCCCUCUACUGUUGAAGAGAUUGUGUCAAGGACUUCAGCACUAAUCAAGUAUGCCCGUUCUAUGUAUGAUAAGGUGGCAGCAUCUGAAUCUGCUUCUUUUGAGUCAGUUGUUUUGCCCAUGUCAUUAUUUGAAGCUGUCUAUUCGACGGAACGAAAUGCCUUAGACUUCCCACAACACACAUACCCUUCUUUGGAAAUGAGAGAUGCCAGUUGUGAUGCUACUCGCAAACUUUCCGAUGUAGAAGUGGAAUUAGAGUAGUAACAGUCUCAGUAAUACAAUACAACUACUUUGGUAUGUCAGUCUGACAGUUUUAAUUCUUCUUUGUGUAAAAUGACUUGUUUACUCAGCCUACACGUUUUUCCUCACCUACUUUGUUAACCUGGUUUCUGCCAUCCUUUAAAACAGACUAAUCUGUUUGUGCUACGAAAAUGAGUUCGUUGUCGAACUUUGCGUGCAAAAAUCACCAAUCACAUUUUCCUUUUCAUUAACUUUUGCGUUUUUUAGAAUGCGAAAGGAUGUAUUUGAAAAAUUUGUCUCAGUUCAAACAAAAAUGGAUUCAUCCUUCUCUGAUGAAUAUCGUCGUUAUGUAAAUAGGAAAGUUCAGUUGGGACGCAGAAAUGGUCUUCAUUUGGAUGAUAAUACCAGAAAAGUGAUAGAAAGUUUGAGUAAGGAAGAAAGUCGAUUGUCUAUUGAUUUCAAUCGUGCUUUGAAUGAAGAAAACACUUUUCUGGAGUUUACAGAUGAGGAAUUGGCUGGAUGUCCUGCUGAUUUCAUUGAGGGUUUAAAAAAGCUUCCAUCUGGCAAACGCGAAUUAACUCUCAAAUAUCCACACUUUUUUCCUACCAUGGAAAAAGCAUCAAAUCCAGAGACAAGAAAGAAAUUAGAAAAUGCUUUCAACUCAAGGUGCAUUAAAGAGAAUACUCCGAUUUUAAAACGUUUGAUGGAACUACGUAAUGAACGUGCAACAAUCUUAGGCUUUCCUACACAUUCAGAUUUUAUGCUUGACUUACGUAUGGCUAAAACAGCAGCUAAUGUGGACAAAUUUCUAAAUAAUGUUGGUUCAAAGUUGGAGAAAGCAAGACAGAAAGAAACACAACGUAUGCUGGAGUUAAAGAAAGAAGAGUGUGAACGUUUAGGCUAUCCAUUUAAUAAUCGUAUUGAUCCAUGGGAUACACGUUAUUAUAUGAAUAUGGUUAAAGAAAAAGAUUAUUCAGUUGAUGAAGAAGUCUUAAAGAAAUACUUUCCCUUGACAACAAUAAAGUCUGGCAUCCUACGCCUGUAUCAACAUUUAUUAGGCCUGAAAUUUGAACGUGUUAACAAUCCUGAAGUAUGGCACGAAGAAGUAGAAAUGUAUUCAGUAAAGGAUUCUGAAACAGACAAUCUCUUAGGUUACUUCUAUCUUGACUUACAUCCACGUGAAGGUAAAUACGGGCAUGCAGCUGUCUUCGAUUUACAACCGGGUUGUUGUAGACCAGUAGACUCACCAAAUAGUACUGCUGAAGGUGAAGGUGGUCAGUUGCCAUUUGAACGUCAAGUUGCUAUAGCUGCAAUGGUAGCUAAUUUCACAGCACCUGACAAAAAAACCGGUGAAGGCUAUCUCCUGCAUAAUGAAGUGGAGACAUUCUUUCAUGAAUUUGGCCAUCUUAUGCAUCAUAUAUGUUCGUAUACAGAAACUGCUUUGUUUAGUGGGACAUCAGUUGAAACUGAUUUUGUUGAAUGUCCAUCACAAAUGUUAGAAAAUUGGGUAUGGAAUGCUGAUGGAUUGAAAGCAUUACUCGGGACUGAUGGUGAUCCAAUGCCUAAAGAUUUAUUGACCAAUUUAAUUAAUUCCCGGAUAGCUAAUGCUGGCCUCUUUUAUUCUAGACAAAUUCUACUUGCAUCAUUCGAUCAAGCUAUUCAUACUACAAAAUGGAAAGAUGAUCCUUUGACGACGUUUGUUAACUUAAGUAAAAAAUGGUUAGAUAUUGAACCUACACCAGGUACAUUUAUGCCUGCAUCAUUUGGACAUUUAGCCGGUGGAUAUGAUGCACGUUAUUAUGGUUACAUGUGGAGUGAAGUAUUCAGUGCUGAUAUGUUUGAAUCACGUUUUCGAUGUGCUGUAGACGGUGGUUGUUUAAGCCGUUCUGUUGGUAAAGAUUAUCGGGAGAAAAUUCUACGUCCUGGUGGUUCCAGAGAUGCAGCUGAUAUGUUGAAAGAUUUUCUCGGCCGUGAACCAAACGAUCGUGCUUUCUUCAGACUAUUGAAUAUUAAUGUGUAAAUUACGCAAACACGCAUACCGUAUACUUUUCCAUCGUUGUUGUUUUUUUCGAUUUAAUAAUGUUCUGUUUUUUUUUACCGUUAUGUGCUUAUUUUUUUUGUAUAAGUCUCUUUAAUUGGAAGGAGACUGAAAAAUAAAGUUUAAUUUCUU